AUGGUCCAUAUGGUUCCCCUCCUUGUUUUUAUGGAUGAUGUUUCUGGCAACAUAUCGAAACAAUGGAACAAAUGCCAUGCGAUCUAUAUGUCAAAUGCCAGCCUACCAUGUGAGAUGCUGGAGAAGGAAUUUUUUGUGCGGUUUGUCACAUCUUCGCCACAUGCCACUCCCAUGGAACUUAUGCGUGCCAUGAAAGAAUCUAUAUGGUACAUUGGUAUCAUUGCCUGGGAUUGUAAAUACAACAAAGAGGUUUUGUUGAUUCCAUAUGCACUUUUCCUCAAUGAAGAUAAUCCCAUGCAGGCAGAUGAAUGUAGCCACACUGGCUUAAACUGCAAUUAUUUUUGUAGGACUUGCGAUAUCAGCGGGACAAAAGAAUAUAAGGCAUCUGGCGAUGGGUACAACAGCCUUUUUAUGUUUGAGACCGCAUUGAAGUCAGGAGCAUCAGAGAAGAUCAAGAACUCAGUGUCAUCGACUGGUGUUUGUGAUUCUGCUUCUGGUUCAAUUCUCAGUGCGUUAGUGGAUCUUGGGAAGAAACUCCGAAAGCAUGUGGCUGGCACCCAAGCCAUGCCUGAAGCUGAAGUUACAGUUGUCCUUGAGAAGGAGUUCAUAGAACAUUUGCAAGGCGACAAGCUCGAUGGUGCUAUUAACCCAUUAUUAGGGAUGGAAGGCCUGGAUAUACACAUGGACACUCCAACAGAGAUUCUCCAUACAAUUCUACUUGGCAUUGUCAAAUAUUUCUGGGGGCAGACUGUGUUUCUGCUUGAUAAGGCGAAGUUCAUGGACAUAUUUCAGGUCCGUCUUGAGUCUAUUGAUAAGGAUGGACUCAAUGCUCCUUGCCUGAACGCAGACUAUAUCUGCCACUACAAAGGCAGUUUGAUCAGAAAACAUUUCAAAAGUUUGGCACAAGUGAUGCCAUUUUUAAUUUAUGACCUCACCCCUUUAACUGUUCUCAAUGCAUGGACUGUCAUAGGAGAACUUGUCGUCCUCAUCUGGCACACAAAUAUUGUGAAUACAGAACCUUAUCUUGCAAAGUCAUCUCAAACAAUUCAAGAUUUUCUUAAUAUCACGGCACAGUGCGCACCUAGCAUCAUCAUAAGCAAGCCCAAAUUUCAUUUCUUGGUCCAUCUCCCAGUGUAUAUUUGGCAUUUUGGACCAGCAGUGAUAUUUUCAACAGAGCAAUACAAGUCCUUCAAUCAUGUAUUUUGUUUGUCAUGUGUAUACAGCAAUCACCAAGCACUGAGCCGUGAUAGUUGUAGAGUAUUUGCUCAUCAAGAUAUUGUCAAGCAUAUUGUUACUGGUGGGUAUUGGUAUGAUAACAAUGCCUUAAAAUGGGUCUGUGGAGGAGCACAAGUUCUAGGAUAUCUUGAUGAACACCCCGAUGUAAAGAUCUUUAAUUGCAAUACUCCAAUACCUGGCUCCGGGAAAGCUCAAACUUCCCUUGGUGCUAAAGGAAAGCUGGCAAGAAGUGAUACAGUGGCCUGGAAAGAGACUCAUUGCUGGAGGAUCCUCAAGACCAUGCAGCCCAGUGUUGUCUACUAUCGAGGUAAAUCAGUUGUAAUACAAGAGACGUGCCACCUAUAUACAACUAUUGAAACUGAGAUAGAAACUGAGAUACAACUACUAGCCAAUCAUAAAGGAGAAAAGAGAAUCCUCUUUUCAUUUGCAGACACUUUGCAUGCUUCUGUCCAUCUACCCUGUCUGAAACUGACCGACAAUGAGGUUGUCACAAUGGCAGCGAAUAUCAUAUGUGUCAUUAAUCUCCAACACAACUGCAUUGAUUCACAGUGUACAGACACCCUCCUGCAACCUGUGCGCCAAGAACGGCUUGAGACGUCUCAUAUGAAACGUAUCAUUCAGCACAAGGCAACUCCACACUACUUCAUCAACACUUACUCUAUUCAUAACUACAAUCAUAUCCAUCUUGCAAUUCCCAAGAUGCUCCGUGAAUCACUACUGAGAGUUACGAAUGUGGCAGAGGUUCAGGAAAUGGCCGUACAGCAAAUGAAGCAGAAGAAGGCUUUGAAGAAAUCUGGUGAUGCACCCCAACUAGAUGACCCCAUGGACUACGAUGCCCAGAUCCCUCUGCAUCACCAAAAGUCCAGAAAACAGGUAUUACCUUAUUAG